AUGUUGCCAGCCCUGCUGUACGCCACCAUAUUCGGCCACGUCACCACCAUCAUCCAGCAGAUGACCUCCGCCACGGCCAAGUACCACGACAUGCUGAACAACGUGCGUGAGUUCAUGAAGCUGCACGAGGUGCCCAAGGCGCUGAGCGAGCGCGUCAUGGAUUACGUGGUGUCCACGUGGGCCAUGACCAAGGGGUUGGACACCGACAAGGUAAGGCGGUUGCCGCGGGGGGCGGGGAGGGGGGCCGGGCCGGGCGCCGCUGACCGCGAGCGUGCGCAGGUGCUGAACUACUGCCCCAAGGACAUGAAGGCGGACAUCUGCGUGCACCUGAACCGCAAGGUGUUCAACGAGCACCCCGCCUUCCGCCUGGCGUCGGACGGCUGUCUGCGCGCGCUGGCCAUGCACUUCCAGAUGUCGCACUCCGCGCCCGGGGACCUGCUCUACCACACGGGCGAGUCCAUCGACUCGCUCUGCUUCAUAGUCACGGGCAGCCUCGAGGUCAUCCAGGACGAUGAGGUUGUCGCUAUUCUCGGUAAGGGCGACGUGUUCGGCGACUCGUUCUGGAAGGACAGCGCCGUGGGGCAGUCCGCGGCCAACGUGCGCGCCCUCACGUACUGCGACCUGCACACCAUCAAGCGCGACCGCCUGCUGGAGGUGCUGGACUUCUACCAGGCCUUCGCCAACAGCUUCGCGCGCAACCUCACCCUCACCUACAACCUGCGCCACCGCCUCAUCUUCCGCAAGGUGGCCGACGUGCGCCGCGAGCGCGAGCUCAUGGAGCGCCGCAAGCGCGAGCCCCAGCUCGAGCAGGCGCAGGACCAUCUCGUGCGCAAGAUCUUCUCGCGCUUCCGCCGCGAGCGCAGCGUGGCCGCCGCCCCCGCGCCCGCGCCGCGCCCCGCGCCCGCCGCGCCCGCGCCCGACCCCGAGCGCGGCGAGCCCGCGCCCUCCGCGCCCGUCGCGCCCGCCGCGCCCGCGGCUGCCCGCGGCAAGUGGGGCCGCCUACUGGCCACGGGGUCGCUGGACGCGGGCGCAGCCGAGCCCGCGCGGGGCGCCUUCACGCGCAGCCUAAGCGCGCGCGACCGCCCGGCCGCGGCGGACGGAUCCGCCGCCGCGCCCCCGGCAUCGGCCUCCACCGCGCCCCCGGCCGCGCUACCUGCUGUGUCAGCGCUCUCGCUCAAGGCCACGUUCGCCAAGGGGCGCAGCGCCAGCGCCGCCAGCUCGCGCCAGGACACCAUCGAGGAGGAGCUCGAGGAGCGCCGGCCGCCCGCGGCGCCCUCGCAGUCUGUGCAGCCUGUGCAGCCUGUGCAGCCCGUGCAGGCCGCGCAGGCAGCGCAGCCCGCGCCGGCCGUGCAGUCUGUGCAGUCUGUGCAGUCUGUGCAGUCUGUGCAGUCUGUGCAGUCCGUCCAGGCGGCGCAUGCGUCCCAUGACGCGGCACUGGCUGAGCUACGUCGGGAUGUACGCAACGAAGUGCAAAGACUACAGCAGAAGGUUAGAAUCUAG